UAGAUUAGGGAAUUUUACCUAAACUCAUCUUCGCUUUUCAUUUUGUUAUGAUCCUGGUGGCUUCAGCAGUAAMGGUCUCUGAUAUUUCUUAGAGCUUCACAUAUGGAGACAUCUAACCAUCAAAGUAGUGAUGAUGAUAUAGAAGUCAUUGAAGCUUCUACAAGAGAAGAUGACAAAUCAGAUGAUGAUGAUGACAAUGAUGWUAAUGAUAGCAAAUCAGAGGAAUCUGAUGACCCUGGUGAUAACUUUCAGCUACCAAAACCAGUUGAAACCAAUGCUACAAAUUCUAUUAAAGAAACUCAGAUGAGUUUUGAGGACAAAGCUAAUCAGCUUCAUMAGCAGUUCUCCAGUUUUCCCACAGUAAUGAUCAAAAGAGUUUUAAGAAGAGAAGACGUGGGAGAAGACCUUAACAAAGCUAUUGCUUGCCUUUUGGAGAUGAAAGGAGAAAGUGUUGCAGAGAAACAGAUAGAUCAACAAGGAGAUAAUUCAAGCAGAGAUUUACAAGAGGGAAUGCUCAUUGAAGGAAGUAAAGAACCAUACAGUUUAGAAGAGAAGGUCAAGCAUUUAAAAAAAGAAUUCAAAUCAUUUCCACCAUUUCUUAUAAGAAAGGUCUUAAAUAGACUGGAUAUUAACGAAGACUUAGAAAAAGCAAAGACUUGUCUUCAAGAAAUGGGAGCCAGUAAAGGACAAGCUAAUGUUGGUCCAGAGCCUAAUCGCAAUAACUGUCAGAAUAGAGGGGGACGAGGAAGGUCACAUGGAAGAGGUUGGACCAACCAAGGAAGAAGGGAUGUAAGCAAUCAGAACCAACUACAAUCAAACAAUCUAGGGAACCAAUCACAGGCAAGAAGUAUGGGGAACCAAUCACAGGCAAACUAUAUAGGGAACCAAUCACAGGCAAGCAGUAUGGGGAACCAAUCACAGGCAAGCAGUAUGGGGAACCAAUCACAGGCAAGAAGUAUGGGGAACCAAUCACAGGAAAACUAUACAGGGAACCAAUUACAGGCAAGCAGUAUGGGGAACCAAUCACAGUCAAGCAGUAUGGGGAACCAAUCACAGAUAAACUAUAUGGGGAACCAAUCACAUUCAGUCAAUACAAAUAACCAAUCACAGUCAAGCAAUGUAGGCUCAAACAAUAGUAAUCAAUCUAACAGGAGAAAUAGGAGAAACCGCAACAACCGCAACAGAAAACAACCUGUGCAACCACAACAAAAUCAAGGGACAUGGAUGGGUCAUGGAAGUUUUCCUAACCCACAAUACCAGUAUGGACCAGGUUAUCAUGGGAGGGGUGGGAGAAAUCCAAUGAGUUUACCAUAUGAAAUGCAUCAACAGCAUUAUGUUGGUCCACCUUAUGGGAGCAUUCCUCCAUUAAUGGGAGGACCACAGCAUCAGUUCAUGGUUCCUGGUUAUCCCAAUCAUAAUGCCCCUAAUUCUAGGAAUGAAGCAUUUCUACAUGUGUUCAAUCAAAGGAACUACAGUGUGGAGGGGCACCAAGAAAGGAGAGGACCAAAAGACCAGGGUUUCAUAGAACCACCAAGACCUAACAACCAGCCUCUUGAACCAAAUACCCUAGUGCUACGUGGCCUGAAUGAAAACACAACUUUUGACAAUAUCAGAAAUUUUAUUGAAGCAAGAACUCAGGAAUUAGUGUUGGACAUAGCUUUGUCUGAUGACAAAAAGAAUGCAAUUAUCACCUUGGAAAAACUCUCUGAUUUCAACAAAGCAAAGCAAAGGGUAUCACAAAGACCACUUGAAGGUGCAAAUGUUUCUAUAGAGAAAGUUCCUACAUGCUAUAGCAUUAUGGUAACUGGGUUAUCAUCACAAACAACCCGUGAUGGCUUGGAUUUUUACUUCUCUGCAAAAACCAAAGUUGAUGUUUCAGACAUUGUAAUGAAUGAGGACCAUGCAGUUGUUACAUUCAAAGACCCUAAAGCAAUUGAUGAGGUCCUCAAGAAAACGCCGCAUAAACUUGAUAAGGCAACACUCGUGGUAUCAAAGUACUAUCCUUUUCUGCACCAUGCCAGUACUCAGAAACAAAGAAACAAUAACGAUAUCGCUGUAGCUGUGGAUCCAGACAUAAUGGCAUUCAUCAGUGGGAGCUCGCACAAUGACAGACUAAUCAGCUCUUUACAACGUCUUGGUUUUACUUUGAAGCACAAGGCUGGUGAAAAAAUUGCUUACAUCACACCUUCAUCAGAUAAAAUGGUCGCUAGAGAGAAAGGAAUUGAACACAUGACAAAUUUUAUUCAAAAGUUCACUACAUUCAAUGUCGAUUUUCCUAGCAAACAUCAAGAGGCAGUGGUUGUUGAGUUGUACGAUGCUCAACAGGAAUUUGGCAAAGAGAAGACUUUAAUUGUGGAAUUUCAAAACCAUGUAAAGAUAGUUUGCCUUUCCACACAAAAAGAAGAAUUGCAAAACAUGUUUAGAAGCAGAGUAGAAGCCAUUCAGAGCUCUGAAACAAAGAAAACACAUCAAAACCAUGCCAUUGAUGUGGAAGAAGAGAAGCUUGCUGUGUUAAAGAAAUUCAAUUUUAUCGAAAACAAUCUCUCUAAAUCUAACUUUCCUGAUCUAGAAGUGCAAAUAGAUGAGGACACUGGGAAAAUAACAAUUAAUGGGCCCAAGAAACAGUUUUCUGAAGCGAAGAUAAAGCUCUAUCAAUAUUUAGCCAAAAUGUGCGAACAGCAAAUUUCAUUGUCAAAAACUGUAAUAGAAAUGCUGAGCAAUGGUCAAGGUAUGGAUGAAAUAACUCGUCAGUUAAAACAACGCGAGAUUAGUGCUGUGUUUUGUCUUGAAGAAGGUGACGCCACUAACCCCGCCAAAACCUCGGUAGUUGGAGUGUCCCGUAAAGAUGCAGAUAAUGCUGCUGAACUUAUCCGUGGGCUCAUAUCUGAGGUGAAGAUCAAGGUGGAGAAUGAGAACAGAGAAGUGCUUAAGUCCCAAGAGUGGAGCAAUUUAUGUAAUAAGCUUAAAGCAGAAUUCCAAGUUCAUAUUCGUAGAAAUGAGUACCAGGACACCUGGAUUGCUGGACUGAAUGACGAUGUAAAAAGUGUCCAUGACAAAAUGCAGAAGUUUCUGGAACAGAACUCUAUUGGUACUGAACAUUUCAGCUGUCAAGAUGAAGGAGUGCGUGGAUAUUUACUGGAAAACAGGAAAGACGACCUGAGGAACAUAGAAGCUAAACUAAAACAAUUCUCAGUUGUUAUCAAACCUGCGGAAAAGUCCAACGAGUUCUUGAUAUCUGGCAGUAAAACUGGCAUAAAACGAGCUCGCGAAACUCUCGAUCUCCUUACCGGGCCUGUAACAAUGAAAGAAGUUAGUAUCCAACAACCUGGCCUAAGCAAAUUUUUCUCCCGUGGACAAGGUGACAGAUUAGUUAGUUCUGUUGAGCAUGAACACCGCUGUACCAUUCAAUCGCUGUCUGCAAACCCUCCAUACAGGGCUCGCGUGUCGUCGCCCGUUGAUGAAAGUGAUAGUGAUGGUGGAGCUGCUGGGCUCGCUUCUUCACUUCAAGAUGGCUUCACAAGCAACGAUUCGUCAGGGGAAAGUGAUAGUGAGGAUUUGUUUUUUGCUAAACCGGCGCCAGCAGUGUCACCCGCCACAGGUGAUACCAUGAUUUGUGGAAAUGUAAAGAUUUCCUGGAAAACAGGAAAUAUCAUCAAUGACGAUGCGGAUCUACUUGUUGCUUCAAUACUUGGACAACUAGCGAAAGCUUUCCAGGUACAGAAAAGUUUGUAUGGAUCUCUAAACCCUGGCGAUGUUAUUACAAUACCACCCCCACCUCACGUGAACCAACAAUGUCUCAACGUGAUUCUAACUCACUGUGCAGCCUGGCAAAGUGGGAAUGCUGACCAGGUACUUCGAUCAACGGUACAAAAAUGCCUUCAAGAAGCGUUACAGCGCAAUGUGCAAUCAAUAGCCUUCCCGGUUCUUGGUACUGCAGGACUGGGAAUCCCCAAGAACGAUGCUAGUCGAGUCAUGAUUAACGAAGUGAUCAAUGUAGUCAGCGGAUGGAGUGGUAUGUCACGCGUGAGGGAUGUUCGUUUUGUGGUGUUUGAUCGCGAUCCCCAGCUUGUGACAGCAUUCCAACAGGAGUUUGCAACGCAAAAAGGAACAUCUGGUAACGCAUCACUUCCUGGUCUACACGCCGGACCAUUACCAAGCUUUCUUAGCGGUAUGGGUAUCGCAUCCAUUCCUCGUCAAUCUGGAAAUGUAGCGGUUAGUACCGUACCAGGAGACCUUCUACAAGAACAAUCUGACGCUAUAGUCAAUAUCAUUGGUCGUGACCUGAACUUGAGUAAAGCCGGGAAAGUUAGCCAGUUAGUUGUUAAGAUGUAUCCUGGACUACAAACAGAACUGACACAAUUAGGCCCACAGUCUGAAGGGUCAGUGGUCAUUACCAGAAGUGGACGUGUUAUUGUACACGUGGUUUGUGAACAGACAGACAGACGACAUGUCCAGGCAGUCAUUCAGAACUGUCUAAACACAGCCAACAAUCAUGGCUUACAAAGCAUUUCUUUGCCAGCGUUUGGUACUGGAAGUUCGAAUGUGAGUGCAAUAGACAGUGCUGAAGCUACAUUUGGUGCUAUAGCUAACGUUCACCAACAACUGCAGAACCUACAACAGAUAAGGAUUGUAAUUUAUAAAGACACAAGCAUGCUUGAUACUUUUCAACGUAUUGGCCAGCAACAUGGGCUGUUAUCAGGACUUCCCAAAGUACCAAAACAUGGUGUUCGUGGAAAAGAUAGACCGUUAUCGCCCAAGCAGUCCACAUCCAUGUCAUUCAGAAUCUACGCGCGAAGUCCUGACAGUGCUGCUGCAGCUGAAACCUCGCUUAUUAAGGGAUGCUCCGACUCCUGCAAGACCCAAUUAGUUGAAAGCGAGGAAGUUUCUAAGCUCAGCGGUAGACAGCGCAAUAUCCUUCUAAAGAAAGCGAACAAGAAUGACGUCACUAUUAAGUUUGAAAACAGAUCUCAACGUGUUGUGGUUCGUGGUGAUUCUGAUGAUGUAGCAUCCAUGGUCAGUGAUAUAUGGAAAGAGAUCCAGGAGAGAAGUAAGAAGGAAAAAGACAAUGAACAAGCUAAAGUACUCUACAAGUCAGUUCGCUGGCAGUAUGAGCUCAAUGGACAAACAGCAUUCUUUACUAAGAGUGUUAAUGCUAACAUUGAAAAGGCAUAUGUCAAUAAAGACAAAAAUGUAACGGUUAUAAUCCGUGGUCAGAGAUUAGUGGUUGAUCUUGUAAGUUGUAAAGGAUUUGAGAGUUCCACUGGCAUAAGGAUUACUGUUGCACGAACCACUGUUGGUGCGUCCAAAGAUGGAGAUAUCUCCCGUCCAAAGGAGUGGGCUCCAAUGCCCAUGAUGAAUGGCAAAGAGGAGACAGUCCGUCUUUUUCCCGUCACACCAAGCUCAGAAGAAUACCAACGAGUUCAUGGACUUUUCACAAGUACAGGAGGGAGAGGGAACAUUAGCAAAAUAGAACGAAUACAAAACCCUCAUUUGUACGAGCAAUAUAUGGUGCACAAGAAGAAGAUGGAUAAAGAGAACCUUGGAGUUAACAAUGAAAGGCAACUAUUCCAUGGGACAUCGGAGAAAAACCUAAACGACAUUAAUAAGACUGGCUUUAACCGAAGCUUUUGUGGGGCACAUGGCACUGCUUACGGAAACGGAGUUUAUUUCGCAAGAGAUGCAUCAUAUUCCAUGGGUUACGCCAAGCCGUCAGGUUUCAAUUCAAACAAGCACAUGUAUGUCGCGCGAGUGUUAGUCGGGCGAUACACCCAGGGACAUUCAGGGCUUAUUGUUGCACCGAAAGAUCCACAUACAAAUAGUCAUUAUGAUUCUGUGGCUAACUCCACGGGGUCUGGCGCGAGCAUCUUCGUUGUGUUUCACGAUGCCCGAUGUUAUCCAGAGUAUUUGAUCACUUUCCGUUAGUCUGUCAAUGCUCAUGGCAUCAUGAUCAACAACGGCAACAGCAACUUAAAGACCAGUGACAUCGACGACAACAUUGUUGUGAAUAUUGGUCGAUUGAUAACAAUUUUAACUAGAGUAUUAUAGUAUUAGUAAUAGUAGUAGUAUUAUCAUAAAUGCUCGAUGUUAUCUUGAGUAUUUGAUCACUGUCAGUUAGUCUGUCAAUGCUCAUGGCAUCAUGAUCAACAACGACAACAGCAACUUUAAGACCAUCGAUAUAUCACUAGAGAUCUUUAACACAGCAUUUUAAUUUCUCAAAUGUUAGUUUGACUCGGGCGGUUUUGAUGGAUUUAGCUGUAUUUAGAAUAUUGAAUACUAAAUGGCAUUAUAGAUUAUUGAAUGAAAUCAUAACAAAUGCACUACUGAUCUAGUCCUUACAUCAUAGCAAUAUGUUUUCAUCAAAGGCUUUGUAACAAGAAAMUAGUUUAAUUUGUAUCUCAAAUAAAUUGCAUCUAUUAACUCUUUCUAGGACAUUUCUUAACGUCUAUCAUGUAUAGGGUGGUUUUCCUUGAAUCCGUUAUACACUUUAUUAAAUAGAGGAUAUUACAUGGGCGCGCGGAGAUACGGAUUUUAUCUUCGAGUGUUGAAAAGAUCUCUCACGAGUAACAUGUUAUUUUCACUAGUGAAAAUAUCAAUUUUACGUAAUGGAGAAAUAUAGGUAUUUCAUAGAUAAUUAUAUGAUAAAAAUGCUUAAUAUUAUAUAAGUAUCUAUCAGUAAUCAUUAGUAUUUGAUUAACCACCAAUGAACUUACAUUGACACAAUAUUGUGAGUAUGGCCUGUAUUUUCUUUCAAUUUCUAUUGAUUCUAAGGCCAUGUUUACAGGAGUUGGGUGACACUUUUGUUGUCUUUUUCCUGGAGGAUUUAAAACAAAAACGUUGGAAUCUACUUCCUAGGAGCACUAUGUAAAAUAGUUAUCUAAAUAUCGUUCUAAUGCAGCAUCCUCGUCGGUGGUUUCUCGAUCAAAGAAGCUACUUUUUUUCGUGUUUUGUAUGGCUACCAACAAUCACUGUUUUAGGCCUGUAAACCGCUUUCGAUUUAAAUCCUCCAGGGAAAAGAAAACAAAAGAAUUGAUUCCACUACCUAAAGACACCUUACACUGAUUAAAAUUAGAGCUGAGACGUUUUGCUGAGGCAUGAAGAUCUAAAUAUAACUCAUGUAAGGCCGACGUGCAUUUGAAAUCGUUUGCUUUGUUUUACAAAUUGUUGAAAACUUCUUUCUGAUUGGUUCUAAAUCAAAGAUGGCGCGAAAAUGUUAUCGAUUGCACGAGAGACUGUAAGCAUGAUAAGAACGUCUCUCAAACCCACACUAAGUCAGUGAUUCACUAAGCGGUGCACACGGACGGAUGAAGCGUACUGAAAUCUGAAGCGUUAGGUUUGCAGUAUCUUUUUACCAAACUCUUUUGAACAUGAAAAUCUAUUGUGACGAAAAUGCGAUAAAGCCAGCCGCACUGCCAACAUUGGAGAGUAUCAACAGUCUCUAUCGCAAGAAAGGAAGCGAACUGCUCUACAUCGAAGGAUCGCGUACCUAUGACACACUUCGCUAUGGGAAAAGAGAUUCUAAACUUCCCUUCGAGUUUACCUUCACAGAUAGGCACAACCACAAAUGGAAAGUCGUAAUUGAUCAAGAAGACGACACGGUCAAUCUGUUUAUCCCAUGUGGUACCCAGAUGCUUUGGUAUGGAGCUGAUGAGAGUCCAACAAGAACCGGCUCUGAUGCUCAAACACAUUACGCAUCUGUACAAUUCAGUUGGCAGGAUAAAACCUGGCUCCCACCUUACCACGCCGGGGUCAGAAUUGCAUUCCAAGGAUACAAAGAUAAAAGCUCUGGUGAGUGGUCUGUGGAUACAGAGCGCUGGAACAACAUUUUGGACUUGGCUAAGAAAGGAACUGAAGUUUCUGGCGCGGUUAUAGAACAAGUGGAGAAGGGAGUCGCGAUAGCCGCAGCAAUGUAAACAAGAACUCUUUAAUGAAAUAGAUGUUCAYUACAACGAUUUGUAAACCGUUUCCUUUAAAAGACAAAUUUAAUGAAAUUGACUAAUGGACUUCUUCAGUUCUUGUUUCUAAAAGUUAACACUUUUAUGUUAUCAACCAUUAACAAUUCUUGUAURUAAGAUGAAUUUCUCAGGCAAACAAAAGAAUAUUGUGACAGGAAUGACUCUUCUUUAGCUAUAAAGUUGGCUGAAUGUUUAUGAAUGUUUUUAUACUGAAAAAGGAAAUUUAAUCUAUAGAAGUUGAAAACUUUUGAAAAGGAAAAGAGAUUUAAUUUGAAACACUCGAAAAUUCAGUAAAAUUUAACUUUUUUUGACGGUUAAUACUUUGUUAAUUUCGGUAAUUAUAGAUCACUGAAAUAGGGKUGUGAGUACACUUUUCACUACCAAAGGAUCAUACAAAGUCGGGUACUCCACUGAAUCUUCUACGUCUCAGAAUGCGGAACCCAGUCAAACCGGAAAGGGCUCCUUAGGAUUACUUAGGCGUCGUGAGAACGCAAGCAAGGCAUAGAAUGUAGUUCUAGUAUGAGAACUUAUUGAAGUUUAUGAAAURUCUAAUGACUUUCAGAAAACUAUGUUACCAUCAAGUCCGUUUGUGUAAACCUGUUGCAAGGAAUUCAUUAGUUUCACUGAAUGUUUUCAAUUUACGACGCAUGAUUUGUCGCAUGAUUUGUAUCAUUUACAUGUAGGCGUGUUUGGCGUACAAAGGAUCAAACUGAGAAGAAUGUUGUAUCGGAAAUGCCUUGAGAGGACGCAAUGAUGAUCAGCAGCAUCUAAAUAUAUCAAAUCACUGUUGACACACUGACCGAGGCACUGAAGACCGGCUGAACGAAACUGAAGCAUUGUUAAUCGUGCUAAKAAAUCAUGGGCUGCGGCAGACUCGGUGAUGUUGUACUGCUAUCRAUUCUCUGCCUCWUCGUCGGAAUUCAAUCGGAAAGCUGCAAAUUAGUGGAAAAUACAUCUGACAAAUGUAGAAGCGAAAACACCAUCAAAGUUAAUGAGCAGAUCAUUAGAAAAGGUGAUCCUGAGACGACGAGGAUCAAACUUCCAGGAGAUCAAAAGCAAGUGAGGUGGUAUUGCGGAUCAACAGAAGAAUUUACAARGUGGAAUACACCAGCAAACCAACUACGAGUCUUGUACCAAAGUGAUGGGUCCAUAAGGUGGUCCGUGUACAAAUGCGAAAAUCUUUCUGGGCCUAAGAAAGCUGGCUUGAAYUGUGCAGUUCCUGAAACUACCGAAUAUUGCCCUAAAUUCGARGGGGUGAACGGAAGUGCUUGUGUUUUUGAGAUGAAGAAAUCCACUUCACAUGUGAAUCAAAAGACAACGACUGUAUCUGUUACAGGAACUCUAAGAGCGGAAGUCGAAAAGCAGGCCGGUCCUCUUACAGCCAAGGGUUCUGCCGAGGUAACAGGUGGGGUCUCCCAUUCUGUCACRAAUGCGAAAAUUGUGUCGUACGAAUCCCGGUACUUUCUUGUCAUCCCWCCAGGGUACUCGUUCUGUGCGUUUACCAAUAACACCAGUGUUCGUGAUAUUAAUGCUCCGACUGGGUUUCGAUGGAAGUGCUCAUUCCCUUCGUACGUCCAGGCAGCGGAAAAGUUCAAUAAUGGACGCUGUUCAUCCCUUGAGAUCUGUGYUGUAGGUGUAUGUGGAAGAACUGCUGGAUCAGGAACUGACUCGGUCCAUUCUAGUGCCAUCGUUCUCAUGGUUUUUAGUAUAAUAGCUAUCAUGAACUGUGCGGUCUAGUGACCUGCAUCACAGCAACGUAUGUCCCUAUGAUGUCUGUUUCUGUAAGGCUGUAGAACAGGAAAUCAUUUAUUUUGUAUCUCACAAACCCAUUAACUCUUUUUAGACAUUGAUUAACAUAUGUAACACGUGUGUGUCUUUAAAAAUAAAGAUAACUUUGCUCAUUA